UAUAAAUUGAAGGUGUCCCGGCAUUCCCAGUUUUAGUCUUGCAUUGAGUUUUGUUUACGAAGGUACAAAGUUGAAUAUUUUACGGCACUGUAAUCAUGAGGUGGUUCACAGCCAUCCUAUUUUUAUUCAACCAUUUGCUAAGCCGCGAUGUUGCCGCCAAUGCCAUACAGGAUCGCAAUCUUUUUGCUACCGAGCUCUUUCAAACAAUCGCCGCCGAUAAGCAGCACGAGAAUGUGAUCAUCUCACCUGUGGCUAUACAAACAGCGUUAGGCUUGGCUUACUAUGGCGCCGAUGGCCAGACUGCCACCGAAUUGCAGAAGAGUUUACAUGCGCAAUCGCAAAGUCGUAGUACCAUCGCCAAAAAUUACUACAAAUUGUUGCAUUCAUUUGUCAAACCCAAAACUAUAUUGGAGAUCGCCAACAAGAUUUACGCCAAGGAUGCGCUCGUAAUUGAGCCGGAAUUUCGUGAUGCGGCACGAAAAUAUUUCGAUUCCGAUGCUGAGCAAUUGGAUUUCACCGAUGAACCGAAAGCUGUAGAAUUGAUUAACGAUUGGCUUGCCAAGAAGACGAAUGGCAAGAUUGAACAUGUUUUGGAUAGUAUUGAGCCAGAUAUUAAUGUAGCGCUGGUCAAUGCUAUUUACUUCAAAGCCAAGUGGGCACGUCCUUUUAUGGACGAUGAAACGUCUGAUCGUCCAUUUUGGAUCAACGACAAUGAAUCGGUGAACGUGUCCACAAUGUUCGCUGACAACUGGUACAACUAUGCUGACUAUGAAGAAUUGGAUGCCAAAGCGAUUGAGUUGUUCUUUGAGAAUACCGAUUUGCGCAUGUGGUUCAUAUUGCCGAAGAAGCGUAACGGCCUUAACGAGCUGGAACAAAAAUUGAAGGGUGUAGACUUUAAUGCGCUCGAAAAGCGUUGGGAAUGGAGCAGUGUAACAGUGAAUUUGCCGAAAUUCAAAUUUGAAUUCGAUACCGAUCUGAAGCCGUACUUGCUGAAGCUUGGCAUCAGGACUAUGUUCACAGAUGAAGCAGACUUUAGCAAUAUGUUCCGCAACUCGCCGAUUAGCACACGCGUGUCACGCGUCCAACACAAGGCUUUCAUCGAUGUGAAUGAGAUUGGUUGCGAAGCUGCGGCGGCCAGUGUUGCUGUGGGCGUGCCAAUGUCCUUGCCGUGGGAUCCAAAAACCUUCAUUGCCGAUCAUCCUUUCGUAUUCAUCAUUCGAGAUGAGCAUGCUAUUUACUUUACCGGUCAUAUUGCAAGAUUUUAGGGUUAAGACAUUUGAAUAUUCGUUUUUACGCAUAUAAAAAAAUUAGUUUUGAAGAAAAAAUUAUAAGCUAAGGAUGUGACAUCUGAUUUAGCAUAUGAAUUAUUUAAUAAAUUAUAAAAAUACAUUUUUUUACAUUCGGGA